GUGCUUCUCCACUCGCACGGCGAAGAACAGGGCACCUCUGACCGAACAUAGUAGUAUAGCAUCUCCCCACGCUUCACCACAGCUACAGCAUCAAGAUCACUAGAUCACCUAGCCAGGUAUAGCUAUGGCGUCCGAGCAGGAUCGCCGCGAGGAGCGCGCGCAGGCCGCGGCGCAGAAGGCGGCCGACGAGCUCGCCGCGGCCAGGCGGGACAUGCACGAGCCCAGCAGCCCAGGACGGCGGACCGGCAUCUUCGGCAGCGUGCAGGAGAGCGCGCGCUCCCUGCUGGGCGCCGUCCGCGACACCUUCUCCGGCGGCGUCCGGAACACAACCACGGCCCACGACAGCUACUCUACCGGCGCCAUGGGGACCGCGGGGGAAAAAGUCAAUGAGUACGGGAGCUACGCAUCCCAGAAGGCCGAGGAAGGGAAGGAGAGCGCGAGUGAGAUGGCGGACGCCGCCGCGGGGAAGACCAAGGAGACCAAGGACGCGACGGUGGAGAAGACGAGGGAGAUGGCGGACGCCGCCGCGGGGAAGACCAAGGAGACCAAGGACGCGGCCGCAGAGAAGGCGCGCGGCGCGGGGGAGAUGGUGACGGAGAAGGCGAGGAGCGCCAAGGACGCUGCCUUGGAGACUAAGGACGCGGCGGCUGACAAGGCGAGUGGAGCGGCGGAGACGGUGACGGAGAAGGCCAAGGGCGCCAAGGACGCAACCGUUGAUACAGCGGAGGGCGCCAAGGAGUACAUGGUGGACAAGGAGGAGGACGCCCGGCGAGCGCUCGCCGGCUCGGCCAAGGAUAGCGAGGGCGAGACGAAGGAGUCGGCGUGGCAACAGGGCCAGGAUGUGCGGCGGCGGGCGGCGGAGAAGGCCGAGGAGGCUCGUCAGCGCACGCACCAACCACCGGAGGAGGAGAGGUCGAAGUUGGCAACGGAGAACAUCUUCGGGUCGGCGCAGGGGUUGACGGAGGCGUUCAAGGAGAAGAUGACGAUGCCGACGGACGUGAUCGAGCGGAAGCUCGCUGAGAGGAAGGGGACGGCAAGGGACGCGGGCAGGGGCGAGGCACUGAACGCGGACGACGUGAUGAUGCGCGUGAAGGAGGCGGACCAGAUGACCGGGACAGGGUUUAACGACGUCGGCAAGAUGGGCGAGGAGGGCACCGGCAUGAAGGCGGCACUGAGGGCCGACGACGAGGAGGACGUGAUGCUGCGGGUGAAGGCGGCGGACCAGAUGACAGGGCAGGCGUUCAACGACGUCGGCCCGAUGGGCGAGGAGGGCACGGGAUGGGGUCCGGCAUUGAGGGCGCGGAAGGACGCCUGAAGCAUGCACACCUGUUGCGUGUGAGCGUUUUGUGUGACACUUUGUACGAGCUACUCCUGUAGCAAAUGAAUAAAUUAGAGUCAAUUACACCGGUGGUGCUUGAA